AUGCGAGACCUGCCUGCUGGCUACGUAGGGAGGUUGGAAGCAAGGAAAGGCACGCCAAGGCUGGAUACAGCUGGGCUGGUCAACACUGCGACAUAUGUCGCCCAUUCCGUUGGAGUCCAACGAAACGGCCGUGGCCGGAACUCGCGCCACCAUCGCCAGGCACAUUGCAAAGGUGAUGCGUUGAAUCAACCGGGGAUCGAUGAAGUCCUUGAAGAAGAACGAGGUCGUCACGGCACCGCGGCGGCCAGAGCCAGGGGUCGACGGGAGGACGGGAGGAGCCAAGAUGACUCACGAGCCGCUCAGGUCAGGAAGGCUCGCCUGGACGCGAGCGUUGGUCAUAGUGCUCUCGGAGGCGGUGACGGCGCGGACCCGGCCAUCGAGGGCAUCAAGGAAGGCGCGCGAGAGGAUGGGGGCGCGGCCCGGGGUGCUGCCACUCUUGAUCACGCGUGGGACCAGGGUGUGACACUGAUCCGCCGUGACGGCGACGAGGUUCUUGUAGGCGCGGCAGAGGCGCGCGGACUGAGCGUACUCAGCUCAUUAUCAACGUCUUAA